ACCGCGAUUAAAUAAAAUACGUGAAAGCAAAAAACCGAAUUCAAACCCGAGUUGCCAUUGCAAAGCAAGACAGGAACACAGCAACAACAAGCGUACAGCAACACUUUUAUACGUUUCCAAAAGAAGAGAACACUGUUUUUGCAACUCAACACAGCCAUGAGGCCAUUGGAGUCGCCAAGGAGCUAAAACAGAAAUAAUAGCCCGUGACAACAAAUACAACACACACACACACCAAACGAUAUCAUCAUUACUGCUGAUUUUAUAGUCACCGAACAUUCUAAUAUCAGCGAAUAUUUUGAGUAAUAAAUCGUGCAUUACGCCAACACUAAGAAAAACGCACUGUGUAACAAUUUUCAACUCGCAAGAAUAACAACAACAACAAGAGGGCACCACUGUAUCAGCUUCAGUUGGAAGCUUGAAAGUAGAAUUGAGCGAGUGAGCAGUGGGGUGCGUCUUUCGUCCGAUACGAUCAACUCGAGUCACUGCUGCUUUAACGACUGCAGACAGUAUUAGCAAAGCGAUCAGUACACUUUCGCUUUUCGACAUAGCCGACAUAUAUUGAUAGCAGCUCCACCCCUCCGCAAACAUGAGGUUUCAGAGCGACUUCCAUAGAAAGAAAAAUUUCGCUAAUCCUAAUUUGUUCAAUAAUUCCACUGCUGCGGAAAAGCCAACAUCUCCUCAGCAAUCAACACCUGCAAGCGGCCGUCCUGAUGCCAAAGAGGAAACCAAGGAACAAGAAGAAGUGCGUACAGAGCAUCUUUUUAAGCACCCGCUGCAGAAUACCUGGACUCUUUGGUACUUGGAGAACGACCGCUCCAAAUCAUGGGAAGACAUGCAAAACGAAAUAACCAGCUUUGACACAGUUGAAGACUUCUGGAGCCUCUACAACCACAUCAAGCCCCCAUCUGAUAUCAAAUUGGGCAGUGAUUACUCGUUGUUCAAGAAAGGAAUCAGACCGAUGUGGGAAGAUGCUGGCAACAAACAAGUCGGUCGUUGGGUGAUUACACUAAAUAAGACUUCCAAGGCAGAUUUGGAUAAUUUGUGGCUUGAUGUUCUCCUUUGCCUAAUUGGUGAAGCGUUUGAGAAUUCAGAUGUGGUUUGCGGUGCUGUGGUCAACAUUCGUGGAAAGAACAAUAAAAUUUCUAUUUGGACAGCUAAUGGCAAUAAUGAGGAAACAAAGCACUAAUCACUUUCACGAUGUUAAUUAAAA